UGUGUGUGUGUGAUAGAGAGAGAAAGAAAACUCCAGUGACUCUGACUUAUAAUAACACGGCGUCGUUGUUUAUCCAGAGACAGAGAGAAAAGGGGGAUGGCUGGACGCGGUCUAACUUCUCUUAACCUCCGUGUUUCCUCCCCUGCGCCGAAGCCUCAGGACCUGUAGCCCGGACCGGACCGGACCGGACCGGACCGGACAGCGGACCCAAGGUCAGCCACGGUGACCGCCCACGGAGCUGUCAAAGCGGCACCGAACCUCCGCGGGACCACGGAGUCCACGGAGCUUUUUUUUUUUUUUUUUUUUUUUUUUUUAAUGUUUUCGUAACCUGGUAGCGGGAUGAGAAAAGAGUCCGCAGCGGAGGAGCUUUAAAGAGCUUUCAGAAACACUAGACUGCUUCUUCAUUUGCUUGUGUGAGGUUUAAAGUGAAGUGACACCAUGUUGGGAAACCCGGGGACGUACGCGAACAAGAAGAGGAAGAAGCCCGUCCUCAAACAAAAGAAGGUCUCCGAUGGCAGCGAUGUCGUUAAAUCCAACCCUUCCAAGCGCCACCGGGAUCGGCUGAACGGGGAGCUGGACCGGCUCAUGGACCUGCUGCCUUUCCCAGAGGAGGUGCGCUCCCGCCUGGACAAGCUGUCGGUCCUCCGCCUCAGCGUGGGCUACCUGAGGGUCAAGAGCUACUUCAAAGCGACCAUGAAGAACAGUAACAACGGUCUGGUGUUUCCUGGCGUGAACGGGCAGAAUGGGAACAACAUGGACAACGUAGCCUUCUCUGAAGGAGACCUGCUGCUCCAGGCGCUGAAUGGCUUCGUGAUGGUGGUCACCUCAGAGGGUUUGGUGUUUUAUUCGUCUCCCACAAUCAAGGACUAUCUGGGCUUCCAUCAGUCGGACGUUGUUCACCAAAGUGUGUUUGAGCUCAUCCAUACUGACGACCGGGCCUUGUUCAGAGAGCAGCUCCACUUCGCCCUAAACCCACCACCCGUCGCCACGGACGGAGACGCUCUGCAGAGUCUUGGAAACACGGUGAUGUACAACCCCGAGCAGCUUCCCCCGGAGAACUCCUCCUUUCUGGAGAGGAGCUUUGUGUGUCGCUUCCGUUGCCUCCUGGACAACUCCUCUGGUUUUCUGGCGCUGAAGUUCCAGGGCCGGCUGAAGUACCUGCACAGCCAGAGCCUCCUGAGGGACAACGGGACGUGCAACGUGCCUCAGCUGGCUCUGUUCGCCAUCGCGAUGCCCGUCCAGCCUCCAUCUAUCGUGGAGAUCCGAGCCAAGAUGCUGCUCUUUCAGACCAAACACAAGCUGGACUUCACACCUAUGGGCAUCGACGGCAGAGGGAAGAUCAUUCUGGGUUAUUCAGAGACUGAACUGUGCAUGAAAGGCUCCGGCUACCAGUUCAUCCACGCUGCUGACAUGAUGUACUGCGCUGACAACCACAUCCGCAUGAUUAAAACUGGGGAGAGCGGCCUGACCGUGUUCCGGCUGCUCAGUAAAGAGGGCGGCUGGGUUUGGGUGAAAGCCAACGCCAAGCUCAUCUACAAAGGAGGGCGGCCUGAGUUCAUCAUCGCGUACCAGAGGGCGCUGGUGAACGCCGAGGGGGAGGAGUAUCUACGACAGCGCAGGAUGCAGCUUCCCUUCAGCUUCACCACGGGGGAGGCCGUCCUCUACAACACCGGCCCCACGGUGGACAUCGACCAGUUCCACUUCAACAAACUGUUCAACAGCAGCAACAUGAAGGAGGACGUGGUCCCCGGCUCCCUGGUGGACUGCUUCCUGAGGCAGGGCGAGACGGUCUACACCCAGAAGGUGGAUUCCCCUCUGCCCAUGGACCAGGUGUUCAUGGACAGCCACUGUCUGGUCAGCGUGGCCAGCGACGCGUGGCAGGGCAACGAGGCCACGGCCACGACCAGCGACCCCGUGGUGGUGAAGGAGGAGGCCAAGCAGUCGGUGAUGGCUGUGAUCGACAGUCUGGAGAAGAUGGCCCAGAACGGGGACUUCGCUGCGACCCUGCAGAACCUGGAGGUGGACGACGAGGAGCUGAUGCAGUGGGAAAACGCUCUGAAGAGACGGAGUCACGACGAGGGGCAGCAGAGCGACGUCCGGUCCGACCUGGACAGCAUCCUCACCAACGACAUCUUCGACUACAUAGACUCGGUUCUGUUCAAGGAGAAGGGAGAAGACUUCCCCCCCAGCUGCCUCAGCGGCGUCCAGGCGGAUCUGUUCCCUCCGGCCGCCCACCUGUCCGAGCUGUGUGAGCCCGGGCUGUUCCAGACGCCCAGCCCCGACCGCUCCUACUCCCCCAUGAACGGCCUGUACGCCCCCCAGCAGGCUGCAGCCAACGGGCCGGACCACAUCUUCGAUAGCAGCCUCAAACUGUCCCACCAAGGUCCCCUGGUUCCCCCGGCUGACAGCAGCCUGCCUCCCCUUCAGCAGCUGCAGCUACGGGACAUUUUCAGUCCAUCUAUAGAGCUCCCCGAGCUCACCGUCCCCGACAUCUCAGCUGGCGACGCCUUUGCCCCUUUUCAGUCCUGUGGGCAGGCGCCUCCCCAACACAUGGGGGUGUCUGCUCCGGUCCAGCAGACCAACCAGCUCCUGCUGCAUCAGAACAACCUGCAGCCGCCGGCCGUGGCAGCAAAUGGACCCCUGCUGCAGAGCUCUGUCCAGCAACCAAACAAUGUAGCUCCUAGUGUGGCGGACAUCUUGCCCCCCCUGAUUCCUUGCAAUGACUUUAGUUCCUCGGCGCCUAGUAUUCCCGUCGGCUUCUCCGCGCCUCUCGUGCAGGAGCCUCUGCCUUUUGACACACUCCAGCAGUGGCCCCAGAGCCAGCAGCAGAAGCUGCCUCACGCCGGCACCGUGCAGAACGGACACGAGACGGUGCCGGCGUUCCAGAGCCAAAGCUCGGAGAGCCAAACAUUCCCAGGUGCUGGCUUCUGGCCGAGGAGCGUCACGGGACUGAACCACGGUCAGCAGGGGGCGCUGGCGGCUCGCCAGGCCGCCUCCCAGAGCAGCUGCAUGUUCAGCCAGCACUUUGCCUCCGGUCCAGCAGGAGGCGACGUCCUGGCGCUGUCCGGGCCUGCAGGCCUCAGAGAGGCCGACCCGUCUCUGGACCAGAGCCCCCCUCAGGGCUCCUGCUACUUUCAGUGGGGCCGCAGUGACCCCGUGGUGGGAACGUCGGCCAUCAGGCAGGACAGCGCCACCAUCAGUCCUCUGAGCACCGUGCCCAGCAUGUCCUCCACAGAGCCCCCACACAGCAUUCAGCACUACCUGGACGGCAGCCAGCCCCCUCAGAGCGAACAAAUCUCCACCAGCUGCAACGGACUUUUCGUGGCUCCUGCUCACAACGUGGCCUCGUACCUGAUGGAGUAGAGACGGGCCACGCUGCUGCUCCUGCAGGAGAAGGACUCAACCCGUGUAGUUUGCCUGUAUCAGUGCUUACCGUCGCGUUAUUGUAAUAUGUUUUAUACGGCUCUGUGUCGCGCUGUCUGCUCUGCCGCUCCGCUCGCCAGCCGCAUGUCGUCUCCGCUGGAGAUACACUAUGAUAACAAUGAAGUAUGAAGACACGAGUGCGUUUACCAGGAUGCAGCUUGAGCCGGAGGGAAACUCGAGUCAGUCCGAACAGCCAAAGAUGUUUUUUAUAAGGGAAAACACAUUUUAAUCCACAAAAAUGAAUAGAAUUGUUUUUCUAAAAGAAUUUGUAAAAAAAAAAAAAAAAAAAAAAAAAAUCAGAAUAAGAAUCACUGAGCUGUGCCUUGGACGUAAUAUUUCUACAGAUGAAUGGAUCUGUUUUUAAAUGAGACCCUGUCAGUGUGUAAAUGUGGUUUUCUGUUUGCUCUGCCUGGUUCUGUGUUUGCAGCAGAGACUGUUUUUUGGGUUAAGGAUUCAGUCCCACGAUUUCACACCCGACACAUUCAGACGGACUGGGCUGGACGAGCGGCUGCUUCGUUUCCGUCAGGCUCAAACUAAAGAUGAGCUGCAGACGGAAAAUCCCACCACGCUCCUCUUCUUCUUAUCAAUGUGUCUGUGUUUGUUCCUGAAUCAUUCAUCUCAAAGCGCUUCGUAGGAGCUGGAGGAGGCUGCAGCGUCUCCCAGUCUUCACCAAAACACUGAGGUCCACCAGGUCCAGGUCUAGAUCCUGAUCAGAUACUAACUGUCGGUCACACGGAGCCUAAAAUGAAUGAAGUGAUCGGUCACUGCUGAACAGACCUGCAGGAAAUAGAACAGAAGAAGAAGUAGAUGUAUGUUCUCCUCCUCCUCGUCCAUGUCAGCGUCCAGUCCUGGACUAGACCAGGAUGUCUCCUCGGUCUUGACUGGAGGAAGAUUAGAUUAAUACGUCCUGUCAGUGUAACGUUGAGUCCAGACCAUGGACGUAUAUAAAUAUCUUCAGUCUGAUCAGAACGGUCCGAAGGCGGAGCCACAAUAUCGAUGCUCCGCCCACACUUUCUCUCUGACGUUUUCAUUGAAUUAAUUAGAAUUAAUGACUCAGGCUUUACCUCCACCAGCUACAAAAUAUGUCAGGUUAAACACUGAAAGUAUUUUUACAACUCCCAUGGUUCCACAGAACCUCUGUAUGGAGCAGUUGGCAUGGCAACGCCUAGUGAUCAUGAUGUCACAUCCAGUUUCUAGCAUCAAAUGAACUAAACAUUCAUCAUCAUCAUAUUUACAACCUUAAUGACAGAAACCGUCCUUGAUAAAAAAAUGGACAAUAAUUUGACAUGUACGUUAGUGUUUUAGUUCGACCUAACUCCGCCCACUAGUAUGGAGGGGGUGGAGCUUAUCACCUGUGCUGCAGUGAAUGGAUCCUGAGCUGUAGACACGUCUGUUGCCUGAACUAAGAUCCUGACUCAGUGUUUUGAGUGAAGGACGUGGAGACGCGUCUUCUGUCUCUGUCCUCCUCGUCUCCUCCUUUAAAUAUCCACACUACACCAGCAGCAUCCCACCGGUUCACACCGACCGAGGCAGCUUCUCCUUCUCCCUGCUGCACCGUGGGAAUCACUCAGUAUUUGAGCUCAGCUAACAGACGAACGAGCCUGUGUCCUCGCCGGGUCACAUGACUGUCGCCACUAUGAAAAACCUGGAGCCAAAUGUCUUUAUUCUCAUGUGCCUUGAGCGACCGCUGCCAUAUCUCUGUUCUCUGUAUGAAACAUACAUAUAUGCAUACACACAUAUAUAAAUAUUCACUUCAGUGUAAUCCACUUUAUUUAGCCAAGUACUUAAGCUAUCUAUCAUAAUAUAGCAGAUAUCCAGCCUGUGCCUCUGUCCUCCGUGGUUUCUUUUCAUAAAUAUAUGUGUGCAAUGAUUAAAGCUGUGUUUGUCCUCAAUGGAAA